UGCUGUUCGGCUACGCCACCACGGUCAUCCCCCGAGUGUACACCUACUACGUGUCCACCGCGCUGUUCGCCAUUUUUGGCGUUCGAAUGCUCCGGGAAGGUUUAAAGAUGAGUCCAGAUGAGGGUCAAGAGGAACUGGAAGAAGUUCAAGCAGAAUUGAAGAAGAAAGAUGAAGAAUUUCAACGAACCAAACUCCUAAACGGUCCAGGAGAUGUUGAAGCGGGUGCAAGCACAGCACCACCUCAGAAAAAGUGGUUGCAUUUUAUUUCACCAAUUUUUGUCCAAGCUCUGACGUUAACGUUCUUAGCAGAAUGGGGAGAUCGCUCUCAACUCACGACCAUCGUCUUGGCAGCUAGAGAGGACCCGUGCGGGGUGGCCGUGGGCGGAACCGUGGGGCACUGCUUGUGCACGGGCUUGGCAGUAAUUGGAGGAAGAAUGAUAGCCCAGAAGAUCUCCGUCAGAACGGUGACAAUCAUAGGAGGCAUCGUCUUUUUGGCAUUUGCAUUUUCUGCACUAUUUAUAAGUCCUGAUUCUGGUUUUUAACGAACUGUUCGUUCAUCUGUACUUAGUAUAACAUAGCAGCUUGCUGUAUGUACAUAGUGUAUACUACAAUGGAAAGUAAUGGAAACACUGUAUUUUGUAGCCUUGAUUUGUGAGUUUGACCCACUUAAUGAAAUUGCUAUGUCCAAAAGAUGAUCACUGAUUGCAUAUGUAUGAUGGAUUUUUAAAAGAAAACUCACUUCUGAGUGUGGACUUCCCUCCAGCGUAAUGAUGCAGCGUGGCCCCUUUGGUCAGUGUACGUGGAACCAUGGUGCACUGGGGUCUGUCACUUAAUUUUCUUUUAGCGUGGCCCCUUUAUUAGGAGUAUGUAUUUUCUCCUUGGUCACUGAGGUGUUUUAAGAUGCUGACCUCAAAAUUUUUCUUGGGGAACGGAUUAAUCUAUAUUUUUAAGAACAUUUCCCUAAGUCAGAAAACAGUAGUUUAAUCUUGAAUCUUUUCACAAUUAGGUUGUUUCAAAAAUAAAAGUCAAAUAUGGUGUUACUAUUAUAUUAGUAAAACAACACAACAGGAACUGUUUGUGAGAUCCACUCUUCCUUUUUUUAUUGGGUAGGACACCCAAUUUAAAAGCAGUCAAUAUUUGACAACAUGGAGUAACCAAAUUUACAGAGAAUACUAUGAAUGUAUUCGUAUUUUUUCUAUAUUGAAUAAACAAUGUAACAGAUAAAAUGUAAAUAAAAGUGGUAUGACCGUG